AUAUAUAAGGAAUAAGAAAUCGUUUGACGAGUGGGGAGGAGGAGGGCGAGAAAUUAACGCGAGUUUAGAGGAAAGGACGAGAAGCAGAAGAGGUUGGCAGGUCAGUCCGCUCGGCCGGCAAUCGGUUCUCUGCGGGGGCAUCACCGGGGACGCGGUGAAAUAGUGGAGGCUCGAGAGUGGAGGAGAGCACGACCUCGGCCGAGUGGGGAAGAGAUGGGUGGCACCUGGACAGCCGGUCUCGAGGGACCCGGGCGCGUAGGAUUGGCGGAGAGACAGGGGCCAGCCGGGGCCCAUUGGCAGGCCAGGGUACAGGCGUGUAUCGAGGGGCAGAUGAACCAGCAAUGCAAGGUCUGCGGCGAGCCGGCGGCCGGUUUUCAUUUCGGAGCGUUCACGUGCGAGGGUUGCAAGUCUUUCUUUGGGAGAACCUACAAUAACUUAGGCAGUAUAUCCGAAUGCAAGAACGGGGGAGUGUGCGUGAUAAACAAGAAGAACCGUACAGCGUGCAAGGCGUGUCGCCUUCGAAAAUGUCUGAUGGUCGGGAUGUCGAAAUCCGGCUCGCGGUACGGCCGUCGUUCGAACUGGUUCAAGAUCCAUUGCCUUCUUCAGGAGCAGACGAACGGGAAUCAGAGCGUGACGUCGGGCGGCGCAUCCCCGUUUGGGCCGGGCUUUCUUCCGGGAUUCCUGCCCCAGGCACCGGGCCAGCAAGCUAGCGGGAUCUACAAGGACGGGAAGGAUCGAGCCUCACCUAGUCAAGAAGACCUGGCCCUUCAAUCCCACCUGUUGCACGUGGCGAUGUUGAAACAGGAGCGGGACAGGGGGAACAAGUCCCCCCAUCCGGACGACGUGGCGUUGCAGAAUCAGCUCCGCCUGUUGGCAUGGCAGAAAGAGCGGGAGAGGGUGGGUGGCAAUCAACAGCCGCCCGGCACGCCGCCCAGGGACACUUUGACGCCGCCGUUCUACAAGCAGCAGCAACCUCAGCAUCCCGUCUCACCGAUACUGCCCAUGAACUUCACGCAAAAGGACGGUGUCCCUACCAGCCCGUCGGACGUGUUUCGACCCUUCCUACCCACCUACAAGAGGACAGCGGACACCCCGAGCGACAGCGGGGCGUCGUCCGUGGACGGGGGAGAUGGCCAGGACACCGAGUCGAGGAGUAACUCGGCGUUGAGCUACUUCAAGGCGAGCACCUCGUCGCCGACCUUGUCCGAACGCGAGUUCCCGGCGAAGAAGAUCAACGCCACCGUCACGUUGACGACAGGCUUCCAUCCUCAUUCCAGCCUGAGCCUGAUAUACCCGCCACCGGGUCUGAUCACACCAGCGGCGUCCCAACUCUCUCCCAGAGGCGGCGAUCUUCUUCUGGUCAGCCCAAGUCCAGGUGGUCUAGCCGUUGAGCAGGACGAGCCGAUAGAUCUGAGCGUUAGAUCGACGCGAAGCUCCCCUAAACCAAGUCAAUCGGUAGAGGAGGAAAAUAGGUCGAACGACGUCGAGUGCGAUCGUGACAGCCCCGCGAAAGAGGAGACAACGACGAAGAGCAAGCCGUUGGACCUGACGUUAGGUGUGAAGAGGCCCGCGGAGUUGCCUAUGUCGUUGUGAACGGUGACCUUUGAGGACGAUCUUGAAGGUUCACGAUGGGCUGGUCCCAGUAUGGCGCGCAAUACUGGAUCCGAACGGUGUUGCNAAAUCCUCGUUCGACCCGAUUUCUUGAAUCGAUGGGUAAUGUCGAGGUAAAGAAGGGUAAAGAAAUACGAAGGAGAGAACACGUGGGAACGAGAAGAGAAGUUGGAAGGAAGGAAGGAAGGAAGGAAGGAAGGGAAUGGUGGCAGAAAUCCAUCGCGAAAAUGUGUUCAAACUUGUACAUACGUAAUUGACAUCGAUCCGAUUCGGAAGACGAGAGAAAUUAAUUUAUUGUUGUGACCGAAUUAUAUAUAUAUAUAUAUAUAUAUAUACGUGGAUUGAGUAGUCUUUCUUCUUUUAAUUCUUCGCUUCGGACGUUGUAUCGCGUGCGCAGACGAGCAAAGAAGCAGGAGAACUAGGUGAAGUAAGUCUUUGUAUAAAAGUAAC